UUAUCCGGCCGGUUGCAUCUUUUAUAUCAUUGAUUGGUUUUCAAUCAAGUAGAAGAGAAACAAAGUGCGGAAAGCAAAUGGCAAUGACCACCGUGGCUUCCAGUCCAUUUUUGUUAUCCAAAUCCCGUCCUUGCUCUUGUACUAAUUACAACAAGAGGGGAUUCCCACUUAGAGUUGCAGCUGUUGCUUCAAUCCCAUUUCAACAACCCAUCAACGUGGACUACCUGGAACAAGAGUUCAGUGGCCGUGGAGUGGUAUUCAAAGGCAUUGGUGACGAUUGCGUUGCCAAGAUGAGUCUUGAUAAUGGCAGCAAAGCCAUCUUGAUGCUGCCAAGUGGCCUAAUCGCGUCCUACAAAGCCUCCAUGUGGCAUGGUGGCACUGUUGAGUUGCUCCAAUCUUCAGUCUCACAAGAAGAAGAAGAAGAAGCCAAUACCAUCCGAGGAGGGGUGUCUGUGGCUUUGGAAUGUCUCAGUCUCGGCCUCGGUCAAGAACAAGUUUCAUGGUCUCCAAGUAAUUGGGCUCUUCAUGACAUCACGGGAAAUCCUCAGGACUCUAUUCAGGUCGAACUGAUCAGCACUGAUUCCCAUGACAUGGUUCAAGUCAAGUACAUUGUGACUCUCCAAGACGACGUCCUAAUCUCACAGCUUAUGGUCUCUAAUAACUCUGAUUCUUCGUCACUCCAACUAAGUGGGUGUAUUUUAAGCCAUCUGACAGUAAGCUCACCAGACGCUACUUACGCUGUUGGUUUGGAAAGAUCAGAUUUCUUUGGCAGGUUACCCAUUUUGACAGGUUCAGCUAUAAUUCCUCCAGAUUGUGACCAGAAAAGUGAAUCUCAAUUCAGCCAACUAUGGAAACAAAUGACAUCCAAUGGUUGGGGUCCUAAGAAUGGCCACCAAACAGAAACUGAACAAGAAGAAGAAAUGGAGGAAGGGGAAGAAGAUGACAAUUAUAAGAACUUAAGGGAGCAAAUGUGUCGAAUAUACACCAGUGCGCCUCGAGACUUCACAAUCAUUGACAGGGGUAGACGAAACUCAGUGGUGGUUGGAAGAGAUGGGUUUGAAGAGCUAUACAUGUUCAGCCCUGGCUCAAGUCAUGAAUACUACGGCGAAUAUGCUUAUAUCUGCAUUGGCCAGUCGGCAGUGCUCAAUCCAAUAAUCUUGGGGCCUAAGGAAUCAUGGACAGGUGGACAGCGCUUACACAAUCCAAAUCUCUAACUGUGGUUAUGAGAACAAAAACUUUAUAGUUAUGAGAUUGUCAAUGAAAAGAUGAAGUAGCUCUUGAUUAUAUGGAUGCAAAACUUGUUCCAGUGUU